AUGGCCAAAAGAGUGGCUCUCAUACCCGAAGAAUUGGUAUCGUCUUAUCAUCUUCAGAAGCCAGAAUUGAGAUUGGAAGAUGACAUAGACACGUUAUUAGAAAGAGCAAAAUUACCCGACGACAUGAAAGCAAAGUUGUUGGGGCAACUAAUCACGCGGUAUCACAGAACAGUGCACGCACCACCAGAACCUAUACGUGUGAGCCUUGCGAAUGAAGCGAAAGAAACUAAAGAAGAGAAGGGAUUCCAGCAAGUGGAAGAUCCUGUUAUUAGGGAUAUUAUUCUAUCAACACCCCAGAAAUUUUCUAGAUUGGUGCCUCUGGUCGCCGAAAAAUUAAAAUCGAGGCUUUAUUCAUGGAACGAUCGCGGAGAAAUGAUUCUUGACGCAAUUGAUGUGUUUUCUAAACGCGGGUAUGCCAUUCCUUUAAAAUCGAAGAGUGCAGAUUCUGUACUCGAAGGAUUUAAGAAGCUAUUUAAGGAGACAAAUUUUGUGGUGAAUUUACAAACAGAUGAGGGAAAAGAAUUUUUUAAUAAAAAAGUUCGUGACUAUUUUAGAAGACAUGGAAUACAUCAUUAUGCCUCUAACAGCGAAUACAAGGCGAGUGUUGUAGAGCGAUUUAAUCGAACGCUAAAAUCUAAACUCUAUCGAAUAUUUACUUACACCAAUUCCUACAGGUAUGUGCAUGUCUUGAAAUCAGUUUUGAAAAGCUAUAAUUUGAGUAUUCAUCGUAGUACUGGUUAUGCACCUGCCGACGUGAAGCCGGAACUAGAAAGUGAAAUUUUUGAAAAACUGUAUGGCUAUAGCAUAAAACCGAGAUACAAAUUUGAGGUAAAUGACCAGGUGAGGAUUUCUAAAACAAGGCGAGCAUUUCGCAAAGGUUAUUUGCCCAGUUGGACGGAUGAGGUUUUUGUCAUAUAUAAGAGAUAUCCUUCGAGUCCUCCGACAUAUCUGCUUAAAGAUUUAAAAGGAACAGUUCUGAAAGGAAGGUUUUACGAACAAGAGUUACAAAAAGUAUUAAAGAGUUCUCACGAUUUCUGGAGAGUGGAAAAAAUUCUGCAAACGAGAGGUGUCGGUGCUAAGAAAGAAUAUUUCGUCAAGUGGAAAGGCUUUGAUCGACGGUUUAAUUCGUGGGUGAAAGCGUCAUGGAUGAAAUGA